AUGGAUCCAUUUUCCGCUGAUAACGAACUGGUCAACCUGCAGAAUACCUUCCACCAAGGCCAAUUCAAGGAAGUGCUCGACUACCAAAUUUCGGACUUGUCCCCCGAGCACAAAUCGCAGGCCAAGGUAUUGGCGCUGCGCGCGCAAAUAGCCUUGGGAAAGGUUGAGGAAGUCUGGGAGAAGGUGAAGGAUGAGACUGAGCCAGAUCUAGUGGCCUUACGAGCACUCAUUCAAGUCAUAAAGGGAGAUGAAGCAGAAGCGCUCACGACUAUUCAGGAUUUGGGAAGAGUUGAAGGUCCAGCUUUGGUACCAGCUGCGCUGGUCAUGCAGAGAGCAGGUAAGAGCGACGCCGCCCUAGAAAUUCUAGGUGCUCAUCAAGGCGACUUGGAAGCUGUGGCAAUGACUGUCCAGAUUCAUCUUCUACAGAAUCGUACUGAUCUUGCUAUCAAAGAAGUCGCGGCUGCUAGACGCUGGGCACAGGAUAGCUUGUUGGUCAACCUGGCUGAGAGCUGGGUUGGAUUAAGGAUGGGCGGAAAAGAUUAUCAAAAAGCUUUUUACGUGUUUGAGGAACUUGCUCAGGCACCUUCUUCGUCGUCAAGUCAGAGUCUUGUCUCGCAAGCCGUCACUGAGAUACAUCUUGGAAGAUUAGAAGAAGCUGAAGCAGCCUUACAGCAAGUUCUAUCUACCGAUCCUAACAACUUAGAGGCUCUUGCAAAUAGCAUAGUACUGAAUAUAAUUUCUGGGAGAGAUACCAAGGAAUUAUCUAGUAAUCUAGAACUCAACGCACCUGACUACCUAUCCCUGCAAGAUCUUCGAGAAAAGGAAUCUCUAUUUGACAAGGCUGCAUCCAAAUACACUGCGAGUGUUGCUGCACUUUAG